CAGAAUACCUAACACGUUGCACUCGCGUAGCGCUUCAGUGCGAGUAGAGGUCGUCAACUUGUAGUAGGUAGUCUGGCUGUGUCGUGUCAGUCCUGGGAGUGGAAAAAAUGUCGGCUACUCGUCAAACGCCUCCAUGGCAAGCUCCGAAAUUAAUCGAGGACAAAAAAUGGAAGCUUCAUUUGUACAAUUCAAUGACGAGAAGAAAAGAAGAGUUCAUUCCGGCCAAACGAGUAGUUUCAUGGUACAGUUGUGGACCAACUGUUUAUGAUCAUGCCCAUAUGGGCCAUGCUAGAUCCUACAUCAGUUUUGACAUCCUGAGAAGAGUGAUGCAAGAUUACUUCAACUACCCCAUAUUUUUUGUUCAAAAUGUUACUGACAUUGAUGAUAAAAUCAUCAAAAGAGCCCGGAUAAACUAUUUAUAUGGUGAAUAUAAAAAGGAACAACGUUCUCCUGACACUAUAGCUGGGGAUGUUAUAGAAGCCUUGAAGUUACAUCAAAUAAGACUGGCUGCGUCAGAUCCUGACAAGCACCGCAUGCUCAUGGAUCAGCUCAACAAAGUGAACAUCUUCGCGAGCGCCCUGCAGAGCAUCAGGCAGAACAGCAGCAGCACUCCUGAGCAGCUGCAGGAUGCUGCUCUCGAGCUCGUGGUUGCUGCCGAGCCUGUCUUGGGAGAAUGGCUCGAUAAAGAGAAGGGCUCCACUGUCACUGAUAAUUCUCUCUUUCUCAAUCUACCUAGACACUUUGAAAAGGAGUACAAUCAGGACAUGGAAAAACUAAAUGUGUUGCCUCCAGACGUGGUCACUCGAGUGUCAGAAUAUGUGCCUGAAAUUAUUGCUUUUGUUGAGAAGAUCAUUGAGAAUGGCUUUGCCUAUGCAUCCAAUGGUUCUGUUUACUUUGAUGUGGCGAAAUUUGAUGCUGAGCCGAACCAGUAUUAUGCCAAGUUGGUGCCAGAGGCUUACGGCAACCAGGCUGCUCUCCAAGAAGGUGAGGGAGACCUCUCUGUCGGGGCAGACAGACUCUCGGAGAAGCGAAGUCCUAACGACUUUGCCCUCUGGAAGAACUCUAAGCCUGGGGAGCCUGCAUGGCCAUCGCCUUGGGGGAAUGGACGUCCUGGGUGGCACAUUGAGUGCUCCGCCAUGGCUGGAGAAGUUCUUGGGUCACAAGUUGACAUCCACAGCGGGGGCGUCGAUCUGAAGUUCCCACACCACGACAACGAACUGGCACAGAGUGAAGCUCACUACAAGUGCUCUCAGUGGAUCACGUACUUUCUGCACACUGGUCACCUGCACAUCGAUGGCUGCAAGAUGAGCAAAAGCCUGAAAAAUUUCAUCACGAUUGGCGAUGCUCUGAAGCAGCACUCGGCGUCGCAGCUGCGCGUAGCCUUUCUACUGCACCACUGGAAGGACACGCUCGACUAUAGCAGCAACACAAUGGAAGGCGCGCGUCAGUAUCUGAAGAUGGUGACCGAGUUCAUGCUGAGCUCCAAGGAUGUCAUACGGCGCUGCGGGCCCUCGUCCACCAUCUGGCAGGCUCCUGAGAAGACUUUGAACGCCGCCUACGACCGCACUCGGUGAGGCGCCGAGAAUAAU